GCCUAAGCAGAAAGACAAAGCCCGAAAUGAGAGCAGUAGACCAAUUGGAGGUGGACAGGAGAAAAGAUCAAGACAAUAUUCGAGUCCCACAGAAGAUGAGUCAUACACAAAUCGUUCUGGAGAAUGUAGAUCCCAUACGGGACAUGGUGACAGAUCAAGAAAUAUCUCAGUCAGCUCAACAUACAUGCCUCCAAUACAGGUACUGAACCAGUUGGAUUUGGCUUCCAAAAAUGUAAUAAUGUAUGUGGAUCUAAAAUACAAGAAGUAAUAACCAUAAAUAAAAAUCACGCAAUAUACAACCGUAAAGGAAAAGUAAACGUAAAAAAAAAUCAACAACAGAAGAGAAUUAUGAACUGCAUGCCCAAGAUAUUAGUUUGAUAUAUUCAGUGAUUUAACAGAGUAUGUUUUUGGUUUAAGCAAUUUGUAACACGGCUCAUCAUUAUUGCGAAUUCAUUUGCACCACGUGUACAUGAACACGUGUUUAAGAUGCAGACAUUUAGGAAUCAGAGCCCGUAUAUUAUUGGCAAAUAUUUCCUGUCACGUCACUGGACCAUAACACUGUCCUAUCACCACUAUAGAAUACAAUAUAAUUUUAAAUGCUUCUAUUUCGAUCUGAAAAAACCCUUAAAAAAGACAUCAAACUAUUUCCAGGGACAUUUGUUAAUUGUCACGUUUAUUUUUCUGUUAAGUGUAUAGUCUCUUAAAAAAGAAAAUUAAAAUCUUCCAAAGGUGCAUAGAAGUUCGGCGGGGGAGGCAUCGGUUGUGGAAACUUUUAACCUGUGUAACGUCAGAAUGUCGCCAACAGGAAAAAGGGCUCGGUUAACAGGUUCUCAUGGUUCUACGCGUUCUUAUCCAUGGGGAGAUAAGCAUCUAAUCCAGGCCAGUAGCCUGCCUGAUGUAUCAAAACCUCUCUCAAUCACUAGACUUCAUUCCUCGCAAGACUCGAGCAAGAAAGCAGCGGAACUGAGUGAGAAAACAAAUAAACGCAAACGUCCAGAGGAGAAAAAACUACAUGCACUUGAAGCAACGCUUGGGCCAAAGCAUGGACAAGGAAAGGAAGAACCCAUAGGGAUACACUCCGCCAGUUUGCAAGAAGAAAACGCUGACUUACGGCAAUAUAUAUACCAGCUAUUAAGCUCUAAUGAAGAAAAAGAAAAGAAAGUUCAGAAUCUGGAGAUUGUCUGGAAAAUAUUAAGGCUGAUAAGGCUGGGUUAAUGAAAGAGGUAGAAAGCUUGUUGUUGAUUGAGAAGAAAGGAUUUGAGCUGAUUGAAGAGCUGAAGAAUGAAAACAAAAAAUUGAAUAAGGAAAACAUGAGAGCAGUCAAAGACCUCACUAACACUGUCGAGGAUCUGAGCAGCCAUAACCAGAAAUGGCAUAGUCAAUUGGAGUACCUACAGCGGGAUAACGAUAGACUUAAAGGAGAACGUGACAAAGAAAAAAAGACUGUGAGGAAACUGGUCGCUGAAAAAAAUGAGCUUGAAAACACACUAAAGGAGUUAAAGCAAGUACACCCUUUGACACCGGAAGAAAGUAACAAAAUAAGAAUAUCAUCAGUACCUGGAUCACAAAUUGGUAUACUUCAUCAAAUACAUGAAUAUGAGAAGCAAAUAAAAGCAAAGAAUACUGAAAUCAAAAGGCUACAGGAGGAACUUGAAGACGAGUCAGUGAAAGCUCAAAAUCUGUUACACGAAAGAGAGAAGUAUAAUUUAGAAUUGACAGACCAACGGUAUGAAUUCAAAUCAGUUACUGAUAAGACCAGUAAAUCACAGCUGUUUGUAGAUAACUUACAGCAACUGUUAAAGGAUGCCGGUAUUCCUGAAUUUGGUGGCGAUCUGGAUAAAUGUGUGGGUCAUCUGCUAGCUGUGUAUCAGACAUGUAGACGAGAGGUGGAGAGGAUGCAAAAGGAAAACGACAAAUUGGCUCAGCAAACAGACCAGGGUCGAGAACAUGAGUCUAGUCUGAUGUCACAGACAACAAUGUCGUCAGAAUUACGUGAUCUCCGGCAAAUAUUUCAGGACAGUCAGAGGGCAGUCAAUGCAAACAGGGCUGAAUUCAGUAAGCUCCAGCAAAACUAUGAAGAGAAAAUCAGCUCUGUUAUAAACGAGAAGAACGAGUUGCAGCAAAUUGUAGAAUCACAGUCACAUCUUGGAAGUCAACUCGAAAUGGUUGAUAGAGAAAAUAACCAGUUAAAAGGAAGUAUAAUGCAUCUACAAAUGGAGCUUAAGGUGAAAGAUGAACAUCUGGCGCGAACUAUCAGUGAUUUGCAAAGACAAAUUGAGCAUGGUGAAAGAAAUAUCGAUGAAUUAAAAAGUAAACACGCAAAGAUCCAACUGGAGCUUGAAGAUAAAAAUAACAAAUUACGCCAGUGCGUGAGUGACCUGCAGAGUCAAUACCAGAGGCUUGAACUAGAGUACAACAACUUCAGACAGACGUCCAGUCUUCAGAUACAGGAAAGAGAUGACAAACUAAAGCAGUCCUCAAUAAGGAUAAGUAAAUUGGUGGCGGAGAAUGUUGGCAGAAACAAUCCGUUCCUGGAAGACCUGGGUUCUCAGAAUCGCUCGAUGAAAAUAGCGGAGAGAUUCCGUGGUGACUUGUAUGGGGACAUCUGGUGUGACACUCUUGACCUCCUCAUGGACGACGGAAUGCCGGAGGAGGAGGCUCUGAAAGCUAUCUGUGAUACAUUGCUGGCUGUAUACCAGUUUUGCAGGGAUCACUUGGCCCGCGUUGUACAAUGCGCCUCUUCCUUCCUUAUGAACCUCACCGAUACUGGGUUAGACCCCUCCCUCACCGGAACACAGGAGUUGGGAGGUGAUCUUGUUCAUCUUAUGUCAGCGAUGAAGGAUUUCCUGAGGGCGAGCGCCAUGACCGUUACACUUGACAAACUGCUACAGCUGUACACUAGAAGGGAUGGGACAGACAUAUUACCGCUCCCUGAAGCACUUGUCGGCUUUACCCGGCAGGCGCUGGCGAUUUGCUGGUGCAUGGUGACCCAGGAUCCACCCAUGUCUCUUCUCCACACGCUGGACCCGGGGGGUGGGUACGACCCCAGCAGUUUUCAGGCUUACCGUUCAUCAGGGAUUCGGGCGAAGUUCCUGGUCUGGCCUGCGCUGUUGUUAACCGACUCGGGGCCGCUCAUGGAGAAAGGUGUAGUGUUCACAUGAUAGACGCUCAGAAUGGUCGAAAACACAGCACCAGGUCUAUAACCAGACGGAGUUUUUCCUUGUAAGGUUUUCUCUACAAAACUAGGUGUUUGCAUUUGUCCACAAAGCACCCCACUUGCGGCGGGGGAACUUUUGUAAUACAAAGUUUAAUGAUGUAAUCACUAUAGGCCUAAUUCAUGAGGAAAUCCGAUAUCUUUUACACGUGCUCAAAAAUCUUUUGACACUUUCUGGGUUGAGUGGCUGUACUUUAUGAAAACGUACCAUAUAUCUGCUGGUUACAUGAUGUGAUAGUGAUGCAAAACAAGUAAAUAGCUAAACAGUAGUUCAGUAGGCCACACUGUAUUGACAUUUGCCAAAACAUGUAAUGUGGAUCAGAUACUGUAUGUAUACAUACGGCAGUAUUAUAACAACUACUACAUUAAAUAUAACCAUUGAAUGUAUUGAUGUGGAGACAAUUAGACCUGAAUUUCUUCACGAACUCUUAAAGCAGAUUAUGCAUAUCAAUUAUCUCCAUGUGAAGGCCGUAGUAUUGCAGUUUUGAGCUUAUCUCUGUGAGAAGGCCGUAGUAUUGCAGUUUGGAGCUUAUUUACCUCCAUGUGAAGGCCAUAUUAUUGCAGUUUUGAACUUAUCUCCAUGAGAAGGCCGUAGUAUUGCAGUUUUGAGCUUAUUUAUCUCCAUGUGAAGGCCGUAGUAUUGCAGUUUUGAGCUUAUUUAUCUCAAUGUGAAGGCCAUAUUAUUGCAGUUUUGAGCUUAUUUCCAUGAGAAGGCCGUAGUAUUGCAGUUUUGAGCUUAUUUUCUGUGUAUGACGCAAUUGUUUCCAAUAUAAUGGUAUCCUGUGUUCGCUACUUGCUUAUCUUAUUUUCUCAAUUUGCUUCUGAUUUGUCCUAAUCAGUUUAUUCAAUGGAUAAUUGUAUACGCAAUUUGUAGACAUUCAGUGAUUCUUUUUCCAAUUUUACAAAAAUAUACGGAGAUUAUGCUGUUCCAAAUCAUUCCUUGAAAUCAGGUAGGCCUUUGUAGACCGUCAUGACAUCCUCUAUAUCAGUUAUAUAGGCCUAACGCAUGUAAACGUACCUAUUCUUGAUGGCCUUUGUAAGUUUUGUGGUUAUUAUUAAACUCUUUCAGAA